AUGUACCUAUCGAAAGCAACAUUUUAUGACCGCAGAUCAAUCGGGGCCCCCUUAGGGUUUGGUUUUACUAGGGGACUUGGUUUUACUAGGGGACUUGGUUUUACUAGGGGUUUGGUUUUACUAGGGUUUGGUUUUACUAGGGUACUUGGUUUUACUAGGGGUUUGGUUUUACUAGGGGACUUGGUUUUACUAGGGGACUUGGUUUUACUAGGGUACUUGGUUUUACUAGGGGACUUGGUUUUACUAGGGUUUGGUUUUACUAGGGGACUUGGUUUUACUAGGGUACUUGGUUUUACUAGGGGACUUGGUUUUACUAGGGGACUUGGUUUUACUAGGGGACUUGGUUUUACUAGGGGACUUGGUUUUACUAGGGGACUUGGUUUUACUAGGGGACUUGGUUUUACUAGGGGACUUGGUUUUACUAGGGGACUUGGUUUUACUAGGGGACUUGGUUUUACUAGGGGACUUGGUUUUACUAGGGGACUUGUUUUUACUAGGGGACUUGUUUUUACUAGGGACUUGGUUUUACUAGGGUUUGGUUUUACUAGGGGACUUGGUUUUACUAGGGGACUUGGUUUUACUAGGGGACUUGGUUUUACUAGGGGACUUGGUUUUACUAGGGAUCGGGGUUUGGUUUUACUAGGGGACUUGGUUUUACUAGGGUUUGGUUUUACUAGGGGACUUGGUUUUACUAGGGGACUUGGUUUUACUAGGGGACUUGGUUUUACUAAGGUACUUGGUUUUACUAAGGUACUUGGUUUUAUUAGGGGACUUGGUUUUACUCGGGGACUUGUUUUUACUAGGGGACUUGGUUUUACUAGGGGACUUGGUUUUACUAGGGGACUUGGUUUUACUACGGGACUUGGUUUUACUUGGAGACUUGGUUUUACUCGGGGACUUGGUUUUACUAGGGGACUUGGUUUUACUCGGGGACUUGGUUCCCUAUGGUAA